UUGGAGAGCUAUGCUGAGGCCGGGUGGUGCGGAGGAAGCCGCGCAGCUCCCCCUUCGGCGCGCCCGCGCCCCUGUCCCCUUGCCCCCCGACGGCUACCGGGCUCCAGCCCGCCUAGGUCUUGCCUGCCUUGUGCUGCUGCUACUGCUGACGCUGCCGGCUCCCGUGGACACGUCCUGGUGGUACAUUGGGGCAUUAGGAGCCCGUGUGAUCUGUGACAAUAUCCCUGGUCUGGUGAGCCGGCAGCGGCAGCUGUGCCAGCGUUACCCAGACAUCAUGCGCUCGGUGGGCGAGGGUGCCCGAGAAUGGAUCCGAGAGUGUCAGCACCAGUUCCGCCAUCACCGCUGGAACUGCACCACGCUGGACCGGGAUCACACAGUCUUUGGACGUGUCAUGCUCAGAAGCAGCCGGGAGGCAGCAUUUGUAUAUGCUAUCUCAUCAGCAGGGGUGGUCCAUGCUAUCACUCGUGCCUGUAGCCAGGGUGAACUGAGCGUAUGCAGCUGUGACCCCUAUACUCGUGGCCGACACCGUGACCAACGCGGGGACUUUGACUGGGGUGGCUGCAGUGACAACAUCCACUAUGGUGUUCGCUUUGCCAAGGCCUUUGUAGAUGCCAAGGAGAAGAGGCUUAAGGAUGCCCGGGCCCUGAUGAACUUACAUAACAACCGCUGUGGUCGCACGGCUGUGCGGCGGUUUCUGAAGCUGGAGUGUAAGUGCCAUGGGGUGAGUGGCUCCUGUACUCUGCGCACCUGCUGGCGUGCCCUCUCAGACUUCCGCCGCACAGGUGAUUACCUGAGGCGGCGCUAUGAUGGGGCUGUUCAGGUGACAGCCACCCAGGAUGGCGCCAACUUCACAGCAGCCCGUCAAGGCUAUCGUCGUGCCACCCGGACUGACCUUGUUUACUUUGACAACUCCCCAGACUACUGUGUCUUGGACAAGGCUGCAGGUUCCCUAGGCACUGCAGGCCGUGUCUGUAGCAAGACAUCUAAAGGAACAGACGGUUGUGAAAUCAUGUGCUGUGGCCGAGGGUAUGACACAACUCGAGUCACCCGUGUCACCCAGUGUGAGUGCAAAUUCCACUGGUGCUGUGCGGUGCGGUGCAAGGAGUGCAGGAACACUGUGGAUGUCCAUACUUGCAAGGCCCCCAAGAAGGCAGAGUGGCUGGACCAGACCUGAAUACAUGGAUACCUCACUAGUCCCUCCACUUCAAGCCUCCCAAAUCAAAGCACAAGAUCCUUGCAUGCACACCUUCCUCCACCCUCAACCCUGGGCUGCUACAGCUUCUAUUUAAGGACUUGGGGAGUGGUCCAGAGGGACCCUGGUGCCCUGCUGGCUCCUUAGCCCUGGGAAGGAGUUGAUAGAGGAUGUAAGGAAUUGAGUGGCUCCGAUUCCUCCUCUAGGGGUUAUAAGGGAGAGUGGAUGAGGCAGGGAGUCUUCAGAGUGAGAUGAGUUGCACUAAAGCACCUGGUUGAGACUCAUUUUCCCUUUUCCUUGCCUUGGCUUCCUGAUACUUGUGUGUGUAAGAGGAAGGAUACUUGGACAGAACUUCUUUUUUAUUCUUACCUGAGGGCAGAUGGGACAGAGAUAAAACUGUAUGUCCCUCCCUUUGAGUCAGUCUGAGUAGACUGCUUCUUACCCUGAAAGAAACUCUUAGGCUACAACAUUCUUCCAUUAUCAAGAGCCUGGGAUUGCUAGACAGUUAGCCAUAGUGGACAAGGUCCUGCACAUGAUUGUAUGUUUAUAAACUGCUGUGUUUUGUAGGGAAAAAAAUUAUAUAACUACACAAAAACACAUUCUUUCCCAAUCUCUAUCCCUCUUUCAAACUGUAUCAGACAGCACUGCCUCCUUUGCUCACUUACUGCCUUUUAAAACAUGAGGUGGCAUGCAGUGGUUCUUAAGCCUAACAGAUUAUUAGAAUACCCUGGGAUACUCCUGGAAGGUAGUAAUUUAGUAA